UGCCCCGCGACGUGCCGGCGGCUGGCGCAGCCCUCCGCUCGCCCGGCCUCCCCCUCCCUGGUUCCGCGCUCUGGUUCCGCCAUGGAAUCCAACAAGGAUGAAGCCGAGCGCUGUAUUAGCAUCGCCCUCAAGGCCAUCCAGAGCAACCAGCCCGACCGGGCGCUCCGCUUCCUGGAGAAGGCGCAGCGGCUGUACCCGACGCCGCGAGUCCGCGCCCUGAUCGAGUCCCUCAACCAGAAGCCACAGUCUGCCAGUGACCAUCCCUCACCCACAGACACAACCCACAGGAAAGCUGGUGGGACCGACACCCCCUCGGCCAACGGAGAAGCUGGAGGAGGAGAGAGCACCAAAGGCUACACCGCAGAGCAAGUAGCAGCAGUGAAAAGGGUCAAGCAGUGUAAAGAUUACUAUGAGAUCCUGGGGGUGAGCAGAGGGGCCUCCGACGAGGACCUGAAGAAGGCCUACCGCAAGCUGGCCCUCAAGUUCCACCCGGACAAGAACCAUGCGCCCGGGGCCACUGAGGCUUUCAAAGCCAUUGGCACAGCAUAUGCAGUACUUAGUAACCCAGAGAAAAGGAAGCAAUAUGACCAGUUUGGUGAUGACAAGAGCCAGGCAGCCCGACAUGGCCAUGGACAUGGGGACUUCCACCGUGGCUUUGAGGCUGACAUCUCCCCGGAGGACCUCUUCAACAUGUUCUUUGGCGGUGGCUUCCCGUCUAGUAACGUCCACGUCUACAGCAACGGCCGCAUGCGCUAUACCUACCAGCAAAGGCAGGACCGCAGGGAGAACCAGGGUGAUGGCGGGCUGGGGGUGUUUGUUCAGCUGAUGCCCAUCCUCAUCCUGAUCCUCGUGUCGGCUCUCAGCCAGCUCAUGGUCUCCAGCCCCCCGUACAGCCUGAGCCCAAGGCCGUCAGUGGGCCACGUCCACAGGCGGAUCACUGACCACCUGAAUGUCGUCUACUACGUGGCAGACAGCUUCUCUAAGGAGUACACAGGCUCCAGCCUCAAAACAGUUGAACGGAACGUGGAAGACGAUUAUAUCGCCAACCUCCGAAACAACUGCUGGAAGGAGAAGCAGCAAAAGGAAGGCUUGCUGUACCGGGCCCGCUACUUCGGUGACACAGAUAUGUACCACAAAGCACAGCGGAUGGGCACCCCGAGCUGUAGCCGACUGUCAGAGGUGCAGGCCUCCCUGCAUGGAUAGUCCUGGGCCGGCCACGCCACCGAGGUCCAAACCAUGAAAUCCCUGGAGAAUUUUUGGUGACAUGCACUGAGCCAAGGUGAUGGACUGUAUAUUUAAGGAAAGACAUAAAAAGAAAAAAAAAAUUAAAAUGGAAUUGGAGGCCGAACGCUGCACCGCUGCCCUCUCUCUCACCCGGUAAAUGCCGAGAGCUCUUAGGACAGGAAAACCUGCCGGGGCUGCUUCCCUUCCUCAGGGCUGGCCGGGCUGGCCGAGGCAGCCUCCACUCGGCUCUCUCCUAGGAUACGGAAACCAUGGCAACGGAAGUAGAAUGUGAAACUUGGAGCUACGUCUGUGGAAAGGGCUGGGGGAGGGGGCGCCCAACUGCCUUCCUCCCCGCCCGCCGGAGCCACCACCAGUCACCUCUCCACGGAAGCCCGUCAGAGGCGUUGGCCGAGGAUGGGAGGAGGAGGAACGAGAACUCUCCAUAGAAUGUAAUUUAUAGAGCAUGGAUACGUGUAUAUAUAUAUAUCUAUUUAUAUGUAAAUAGCAUAUAUAAAGAUAUAUAUAUAUAGUCUACUUUUUAAACUCUGCAGGGAUUUGGUUAAGUUGUUUAGAUGAUUUCUUCCCUGUUCUAGAAAACGAGGCCUGUCUGAGGAAGGUAACUUGGUCCCUCAAAGGCUAGACGUUGGCCAUAGCAGACAGCCCGAAGGGAAGUCGGGUCGUAGCUUUCAACGUUCCCCUAACCCCAGCCUGCUUUUGAUGGCGGCGGUAAUCAUGAUAGCCUAAGUCUGUAGGGAACUCAGAGGUGCCAGGUUUCUGACGAAGCUGGAGGGGAGCCGACUUUCAGGGGAGAAAGUGCCCCUAGGGCCAGGCCCCCCGUCAGUAUCCAGUCGUGGUAGAGGCCCCGGGUUGCCCACGGCGUGAGACCACCCACCGCAGCCCUGGUCAGCUCAGGUGGGCUCUGGGUCCCGGAGCCCAGGAGCCUUCUGCGCACCCCGCCACAGAGGACAAGGUUAGGGAGGGGGCCUGAGUGCUGCCCAGCCACCUGCCCCCCCUCAGUCCCAAAGUGGGUUUUGCCUUAUAGAUGCCACAGGGCACAGCUCCGCGUUGUUGCCACUGGUUUUUCCCAAGUCAGGCACCAAGGACUCCAGACGGUUCUUCCUCCAAGAGCCAGCCGGGUGGUGCCCAAGACCCUGGGGCAGCAGCCGCCUCCCAAAGAAAGUCGAGGCCCGUGGGCACCUCUGUCUCCGCCCUCCAUGAACAUGAUGCCACCCGGCCUUCUGUUGCACUUUGGACAAAGGCUACACCUUGCGAAGGGUUUUCUUACACUCACCUGGAAGUGAGGAUUUUUCUCACAACAGCAGUUGCUGCCAGGGGAAGGGAGGGAAGUUUUAUUUAUUCCCACAGUUUCUACUGGGCCUUUUGGAAUUACCGUUUCUCCCAAAUUUUCCUCUGGCAGCGGGUGUCACUGAGCCUGCCAUCUUCCAAAGCCUUACUUCCCCAAGCUGCCAGCCAGGAGGUGAUAACCAUCCUCCCAGAGUAUCUCUUGGCUCUUUUUUUUUUCUUUUUUUUAUAAUCUCCCCCCCGCACCCCCAAAGAAUAAGAUUCUUGCUGGGAAAGGAAGCUUGGUAAAGAAAUGUCAGAUGUGAUCUUUGAACGCGAUCCUACCCUGUGAUGCAGCAGCCACCCCGGGCCAGAGAGAUGAGAAGAGCUGGACGUGGGCGAGAGCGCCCCACCCGUGGUGGCUCUGGUGCUCUGCCCCCACCAUCCCUACCAUCUGGUCUUGGUAGAUGUCCCUAGGUGGGCUGACCCAUGUGCAAUAAGAACAUAGAUCCUAAAGGAUCCCCCGAGAAGCUGUAUUUCUUGAAUUAGAAUUCUAAAAUUGUACAUCUAUAAAUAUAUGUUUAUUAUGUGA